CCAAGGUCCGAGGCCAUCAAAAAUUACUGGUACGUACGAAGUACGGUACGUACUUUUACCACUUUUUCUCUAGAAUCUAGAGUACGUACGGUAUCAACCUCGUAUUUUGRUGAUGGGCCGUCGCGUUUCCCAUUUUCUCUGAUUUCGCUCAUUCUCUUCCCGAGAAGAGCAAAGCGCAACGAUCACAYCCGAGAUACCAGGGAGGAAGACCCAAGGAAAAACGAAGGACCAACCAAACASCAACGGAUWCUCGCGUKSGUUCGUUCCGGGAAACCAUUGCCAGCAGKACCAUGGAGAACCAAUAUGCACAUCGCCGUCCUGGCAGGGUCGGUUCCUCGUUGUGCAGAACAACGAGAACCAAUGCAUCGACGAUUGGCAUUCGAUCGAUUGCUCGGUCUGUGCCCAGCUUGGCAAUCGUUCUGGCUGCCUUGUGGGCGUCGCGGGUUCGCGCCUGGAAUCCAGCGGUUCUCGGAACAGAACAAAGGGGAACCAACUUCCGCUACAGGUCGUCGGCGUCCCGAUUGUUCGCCUCCGGCAGCACCGGAGAACCAGCGACGGCUUCCGCGAACACCAAAGACUCCUCGACGGUGGUGGACCAAAACGAAAAGAAGCUCCGGAAGCGACUCAGGGACCAGCGCAACCGCAGGCCGCCCCAGAUCGUCUGCUGCUCGUCCACCAAGGAACUCGUCCACGCCGUCAACUCCAUCGUCGGAGAGGACGACGUCGUGGCGGAACUCGGGUCGCAGCUGCGGGACGUUUCCGACGCGAUCYGGGAGAGGGGGUCUCCCUCCUCGGUCUUUUGCGACGUGAAGCGGGACUACCCCAAGGUAGCGGUCCGGUCGAGCGCAAGGAAAGAACCCCUGUCGCCAAACGAGACCACCCGGAUCAACGCCAUGCGGCUGGAAGACAGCCCGACCGGGAGUGCGGGCGCGGGUUCCGGSAUGGACUUUCGCGAAAUCGAGAAGUUCUCCGACUGGAGGUCCGCCUUUUUUCGGGACAGGGAUUCGUCGUCUUCCUCGUCGUGCCGCUACGAUGUCUUGGUCUUGGACGUGAACGCGAUUGUGGGGAACGAUCUCGAGUGGACCUGCCUCGAUCUGAUUCUGGAAUUCGAGCAAAUGGCAGCCAUGGUGGCCAAGGGCAGCCGCAGCAACUCGGAGGACGACGGCGAGGACGAGUACGAGGACGGGGAUUACCACGGUCUAAAGUACGUGUUGGUGAAGUCUCUGGGGCUCAAUUCGGUCGCCUCCCAGCUUACCUAUACCGUCCCCUGGCUGGAUCCCAACAAGACCAACCACAACCGGUUGUGCCGAAUCGUGGCCACGGUGGGGGUUCACGACUACCGGCAAACGAUUCCGGGCGUCCAGACCCUGUUGCAGCAAUCCCAUCUCAAGGCGGCGGAGGAGAAGGACGGGGACAACGAAACAAGCAAGAAUUUUGUGCUGGAGGUCGGCUGCCACUUUGGAACCUCGACCGUCUUGCUCGACGAAACCUUCGACCAUGUCAUGGGCGUCGACGUUGGAAGCAAGAUCAUUCGGGAGGCCCAGCGAAAGCACCCGGGCGUCUUUUUUCGCACGGGCGAUGCCUGGAAGACGGCGGGCUUGCUGCGGCUGCARCAAGAAUACUACGAGGAACGCAGCGUGCCCAGCGACCAGCGGACCAUCGGCUUUGAUGCCGUGUACGUCGACGUAGGGGGGCUCUCGGGGGCCGACGGGUUGCUCGACACGAUUGCCCUGGUCAAAUCCAUCCAGUACGCMCUGGAACCCCAGUGCAUCGUCGUCAAGUCGCUGUGCUUGCAGCGAUUGGCGGCGCGGUUCGUGCCCUAUUGGAAAUGGCAAAAAAAGGGCCAGGCCAAGCUCAAUUGAUCGCGGAUCAAUCCUGCGGAGGGAACGGGUGAAUUGGAGUAGAAACACGUAGUAGCAAUGGUCCACAAACUCUUUUAUGCGCUAGCGAACAAUCAUAUCCGAAGGAUGAAAACUUGCGAUGCCAUCCUUCACAAAAAAUGCACGGAAUCGCUUUGAAAUGCGUAGAAAUGUGAAUGUUGUUGAAUACUAGUAACAGCUUUACAGUGUUCCUUUGUGCGUACUUUAUUGCACUUUCACGUGCAUAAACGGUGACGGUGACGGCGACGGCGAACGCAAAAUGCAUUUUUUGGAACAAAUUCCCAUGGCAGUUUUUCCAUUAUGAAGUUCCAUCAAUCCAUCCUAUGUUCGUCUUCGUGCGUAGAAAAUUUGAAUCAACUCGAUGCCACGGCGUUUUGCUUGUGAUGUAUCGGUACUAGAAUCAAUCGGGAAUGAUUGUUUUUCCGUUCCGUUCCAUCCCAUACAUAGUUCGAGAGCGACCCAUUCAUAUCUGUGCAAUCGUCCGUCAUCCUUACAUCGUGCCAAGGAUUAUCCUUUUGCCUUGGCAUUCAUUUCCUUGACGAACUUAGUGUAAUCGAAACUGCUCUUUCCCCCGGCAUCUUUGAUCAUCUUCUCGGCUUCGUCGGUACUCAUCUCGCCGUAAGUGGUUAGGGCUUCGACGAUUUCUUCCGAAAUUACCUUUCCUGUUUCGUCGGCGUCGAAUACCUUGAAUGCGUUGAUGACGGCCUGUUCGUCCAUUGUGAUAACUUUUGCUUU